AAAUCUCCAUCUCCCUCUUUCUUUCUUUCUCUCUCUCUCUCUCUCACACACAUACACAAUCUCUCUCUCUCUAUAUAUAUAUCUCACUCACAUACUGAGCUAAUUUUGAAGAUAUUUGUGGGUGAUAAUAUUGAGCUGGAACAUGGAGAGAGACUUCAUGGGUUUGAAUUCUAAGGAAGAAGCCAUUGAAGCAGUGUUACGAAAGAGCUCAUCGGUUCAAUGGUCUUUGUCAAAUGGUCCCGAAGACCUCAACAAUCGCCAAUGGGCGGAAAAUCAGAAAAACAUCAACCUGCAUGGGCCCACUCAGUUAACCAUCUUUUACAAGGGUAUGGUGAAUGUAUAUGAUGAUAUGUCUCCUGAAAAGGCUCAUGCUAUAAUGUCAUUAGCCCGUAAUGAAGCUAGAGCUCAAGCUCAUGCCGCUACACCAAGAACACCAGUUGUAGACGUGGUUCAUGCGGGCCAGCCCAUGACCACAUCGAGCCCAGUGUCUAUUGGUACAUCAACUGCUAGAGAUGCACCAAAAGAAAUGAGCUCUUUUCGACGUGUGAUACAAUCAGAUGUUCCUCAGAUGCGUGAAGCAUCACUGGCUCGGUUUCUUCAAAAGCGCAGGGAAAGGGUAAUGGCUUCGGCUCCUUAUAGUAGCAAACCCGCAUCAAGCAGUGCACCAAACAAAGAUGAUCACAAGUAAAAAAGUUAUGUUUCUUACAACUAUUUAUUGCACCAAAACGUAACAAAUUAUAUGUUUUUAUUAUCGUAUGUGAUGAAUUAUAUUAAUACCAUUUGAAGUUACAAAAUAUUAUUUUGUUAUCAUUUGAUAAAACUGACGUGCUAUAACCACAUAAAGUGUUGCAAGUUGCGAUGUUACCAUUUGGUAUUACAUCAACUUUUUCUGAGGUUUAUAGCACAACAAUUGCAUCGAAUGAUGACAAAAUAAAAGUUAUUACACCAAAUCGUAAGAAAUUUUUUAUUACUUACUGUGAUUAAAACAUGAAUUUCCGUAACAUUUUGGUGUAAUAAACCAUUCUGAUGAUUUUAUGUGGUUAAAAGUUUUGUAAGCUCUACAAACUCACCGUUUAAGCUCGAUUCUUAUAGGAUUUCGAUUUUAGGUGCUUAUAAGUGACAAUUGUAUGUUUGUCUUGAUAUAUUUAUAAUGUAUGGCAAAAACAUAGCGAAGAUUUCAAUGUUUCAAAGUCAUGUUUAUGUUUUUAA